UCACCACUUUUUUCUUCACUCACCACCAUUUCUCCCCACCACAAAACACCCACAGUGUGAGAGAUGGUAAGCACCUUGCAAAGCUGGCCGGAACCGGUGGUGCGAGUGCAAUCACUCUCAGACAGCGGAAUAAACGCUAUUCCGGAGUGUUAUGUAAAGCCCAUCUACGAUCGGCCAUCCCUCCUUGACCUUCAGCCAAUAGAUGCCAAUAUUCCGGUCAUUGAUCUUGCCAACCUCGACUCUGAUGACCCUACCUUACGCAAAACGACCUUGGAUCUCAUCUCCGACGCCAGCCGCCAGUGGGGCUUCUUUCAGGUCAUUAACCACGGUGUCAGCCACCAUCUCAUGGAGUCGACAAGGAGGAUCUGGCGGGAGUUCUUCCAUCUUCCGUUACACAUGAAGCAGGAGUAUGCCAACUCCCCCACCACUUACGAGGGCUACGGCAGCCGUCUUGGGGUGGAAAAAGGUGCCAAAUUGGAUUGGAGUGAUUACUUCUUCCUGCACUUCCUGCCGGUUUCAAUGAGAGAUGAACGUAAGUGGCCGGCUCAGCCGCUAUCUUGCAGGGAAGUGGUGGGUGAGUACAAUGAAGAAGUCAUGAAACUUUGUGGCAAAUUGAUGAGACUUUUUUCUUUGAACCUUGGAUUAGAGGAGGAUUAUCUUGAAAAAGCAUUUGGAGGGGACGAAAUUGGGGCUUCGUUAAGGGUUAACUUUUACCCAAAGUGUCCACAACCCGAUUUGACGUUGGGGAUCUCACCGCAUUCCGAUCCAGGUGGUAUUACGAUCUUGUUGCCCGAUGAUCAUGUUUCUGGCUUACAAGUCCGCAAAGAUGAUGCUUGGGUCACAGUUAAACCAAUCUCUAAUGCUUUCAUCAUUAACCUUGCUGAUCAACUUCAGGUGAUAAGCAAUGCGAAGUACAGGAGCGUAGAGCAUCGUGUGAUCGUUAAUUCGAAUGAAGAGCGAGUCUCCUUGGCUUUCUUCUACAACCCGAAGGGAGACAUUCUCAUUCAACCCGCGAAGCAGCUAAUAACAAACGAGGAGCCUGCUCUAUAUCCACCCAUGACAUUUAACGAGUAUCGCACUUUCAUCAGGUUAAAUGGUCUUCACGGAAAAUCACAAGUCGAGUCGUUAAAAUCUCCACGAUAACCAUAUAUAAUUGUUCAAUCUUAUAAUCGAUUGAUCAUGUCAAUUUUAUGGAUAUGAACAAUAUAUAUGGUGCUAAGUACUAAGCUAUCAUCUUUCCAGCAAAGUGUAUUAGUUUGAAUAUGUUUUAUCGAAAUGAUUUGACCUUGAAUA